UGAGCCGCUCGCCUACGACUACCGGUUCAUGAGCGCGGCGGCGGCGGCGGCAGCGGGCCCCAACGGCCCCCGCGUGGAGCCCCGAGGCGAGGCCAGCUCCCUGUGCCGCCCUGCGCAGCGCCGCGCCGCGAGCCAGCGCAGCAGCCUGGCGCCUGGCCUGCCCGCCUGCCUGUACCUGCGGCCCACGGCGCCCGUGCGGCCCGCGCAGUCCCUGGACGACCUGACGCGCGCCGCCGUCUCGCCUCCCGCCGGCCACCUCGGAAGCAGCGGCAGCUUCAAGGCCUGCAGCGUAGCGGGCUCCUGGGUGUGCCUGCUGCCCCUGGCGCGCAGCGACUCAGAGAACAUCUAA